UUACAUUUCUUCUAGCCUCCUCCUUCUACUCGGUAGCUUUGAGCUUUUUCCCUGGUCAUAUUGGAAAAGCAAAGCCAAAACCUUUGUUUUCCUUACAAACCAUGGCUACUUCCAACCUCGUUUCACCUUUAUCAGUAAACCCUUUGAACCUCUCAAACAAACCACAUAGCUCAACCUUCUUAUUCUCCCAAAAGACUCCAUCUUUUCUCACUCUCACCAAAUUUGGCCACAAAUCAACAAUCCCAAUCACACCCAGAAGAGUAUUUACCGUUCAAUGCAAGGAAAGCAACUCAGUUGAUGCACCAGAUAGACUCAUUUCAGCCAUUUGUUACUUUUACCCUUUCUUUGAUGGUGUACAGUAUGGGAAAUAUGUCAUAACCCAGUUCGCUCCCAUUCAAACACUCCUUCAGCCAUUGAUACCAGCUAUAAAGGUGUUCAAGAGCUUUCCCUUAAAUGGGUUUUUAGUGUUUUUGACACUCUAUUUUGUUGUGGUGAGGAACCGGAAUUUCAGUAGAUAUGUGAGGUUUAACACUAUGCAAGCUAUUGUUCUUGAUGUGCUGUUGAUAUUUCCUGAUCUUUUGGAGAGAAGCUUCAAUCCAAAAGAUGGGGUUGGGUUGGAUGUGUUGAUGAGCUUGGAUAGUACUGUUUUUCUCUUCCUUUUGGUGUGUUUGGUUUAUGGGUCUUCUUCUUGCUUGUUGGGACAGUUGCCCAGAUUGCCCAUUGUUGCUGAUGCUGCUGAAAGGGACCUUCGGUUUUGAGGAGCUCUAGGCAUGAAUUUGGCUCGUCUUAACCAAAUAUAGGUCGUAUACACACCCAUUGGCAGAUUGAGAAUAGGACAAAGUUAUUAUUGAAUUUUUUUUUAACAUUUUAGUCCUAUUUGUAUAAACUUUUGCUAUAAUGCCCCUGCCAAACUUGUUUUUAUUUUAAUCUCUAAAUGUUUAUAUUUUGCCUUUUAUUUUUAUCUUUAUACUAUUGUAUCUUAAUAACUUGAUAUUAAUGCAUAUAUUGUAUGUUUAAUAUAAUUAUUUAAAUUUUCA